AAGCUUCAUUGGCCUGAGCAAGAACUUGCUAAGAAGUCUGUCCUAAGUGUUGAAGACUCAUUGAUCAUUAACAGCAAAAGAAACAAUUCGCAUUUACCUUCUGGAAUUCUUAAGGAUAUAUUCACAACUGGAACCAGUAGUUACAAUGUCCUACUACAGAGCAAAGAGGAGAAAAAGCAUCAUUCACAAAAGCAUUCUUCCUCUAACUACUCCAAAAGAUGUAGAAAAACCAGCAAAUCUAGCUCUUGUAGUAAAGAUCUCUGCAAGAUGAAAGCCCCACUGCCUCUGCUACGCAGAGGGACCUGGUGCUGCCUGGAAAGGCAGCCUACUGUUUUUGUCACUAGUUCAGUUUCAAGUAUUGUAAAGUUUACACAUGAUAUCUCUGUUACAGGGAACAGCAUAGUCCUACCACCUAAACCCAAACCCAAGGCCAGGCAGCUCCAUUUCUCCACUCUUCUGAAGCCAACGCCGCAGCCUCAACUAUCUAGAAGUUUUGAAAAAGAAGAUUUUUCUGGAAAGAGAUUUUGUAUACUCACCGCUAUAAAGCCUUCCAACUUGGAGAAAGAAAAAUUGAGCUUCUUCAAGUCUGACUUUGCCUACAACCCUCAGUUUGAAUAUGUUAAUCCUUCUCUGCCAAGUAUGUUAGCCAAGCACAGUCAAGCUUCUGAUCGAUUUCUUAAGCAGUCUAUCAAUAUUAUGGAACUGACUUUACAGAAAUAUGGAAGCUAUGAAAAAUUUGAACAGGCUAAUGGUGGUAGCCUGUUAUCUAAAACUCGAAUCUGGAGCCAUGUUAGAAAGUACAUGGUGAAAGAAGGCUGCAUGGGCGAGAUUGUAGUCCAUCUCACUGAGGAUCUGCUUUCUCGAGCUUCCAUGACAGUGGUGAACGGGUGCCCAACACUGUCUAUCAAUGUCUCCACUGCACGUGAGCACUGGCUGGAAGGAAUGCUGAGACAUGAGAUAGGCACACACUAUUUUCGAGGUAUCAACAACCUCCAGCAGCCAUGGAACAGUUGGACAGGCCGUAGAAAACAUGAGCUAAAGCCAAACAAUCCCACAGAGGAAGGUCUGGCAAGUAUUCACAGUGUCCUGUUCAGAAAAGACCCCUUCCUUUGGCGGGCUGCUCUCCUCUACUACACUGUCUACCAAGCCAGCCACAUGUCUUUUUGUGAGCUCUUUAAAGAUAUCGGAAAGUUUGUCAAGGACCCCAAUACAAGAUGGGAUUAUUGUGUAAGAGCCAAGAGGGGAUUGACUGAUACUUCCCAACCAGGGUGCUUCAGUAAAGACCAGGUAUAUCUGGAUGGCAUCCUGCGAAUCCUGCGCUACAGAGACAGCAUUGACUUUCAUCUGCUCACUGCUUUGGGGAAGGUAUCUUAUGAAGAUGUGGAUCGCUUGAAAGGAUUGGCAGUUACUGAGAACAUGAGGGUCCCUCACUUCCUACAGGACCAUAGCCGGUAUAUGGAACAUUUAGAGAAGAUCAUGGAAGUGAAUGAACUGACUGACAGAGAGCUCAAAGAUCUUAUUUGUUAAUUAGCAUUCUUGCAAAAACAGCUGCCCUGAACUUUUCUGUAUAUUGACAGUUGGGGGCAGUUAGCACUGGCAGAGUUAUCAAACAAUGAAUAUUUACUUAAGUUUUCAGAAAAACAGUUUGCAGUGUUCCGCUGAAUUUCUAGAUUAAGUAUAUACUGCACACUUUCUCAAGCCUGC